AUGAGCGUGUUCAAGCUUCCUGCGAAGUUGUGCAAGGAUAUGAAUGGGUUAUUUUCUAAAUUCUGGUGGAGGAAACAACAUAAGGAUGGGGGUAUCCAAUGGAAGAAAUGGGAAUAUUUGGGAUUGCAAAAAGGAAAGGGAGGCCUGGGAUUUAGGGACUUGGAGAGCUUUAAUUUAGCUCUCUUAACAAAGCAGGGAUGGAGGCUUCUUAAAUAUCCUGAUUCUCUAGCAGCUAUGGUUUUUAAGGAGAAGUAUUUUGGGCAAUCAAAUUUAUUGGAGGCAAAACUUGGCUAUCAACCCUCAUUUAUAUGGAGGAGCAUUUGGUCUGUAAGAGAUCUGCUUCAUGAAGGCUUAAAGUGGAGAGUGGGGGAUGGGAGUAAGAUUCAGAUUUGGGGCUCUAAAUGGUUGCCAACUCCAUCAUCCUUUUCAGUUUAG